AUGUCUCCCAUGGUCAGGGUUCCACACGAUGCUUUAUGGCCCAAUAUCGUCGACAGCCUCGCCAAAGAGCAGCCCGAGGAGAUAUACGGUCUUUGGCCCGUGGCCACAGACUCGUAUGAUGACGGAUUCCGCGCCAUCACAUAUGGUCAGCUUGCCAAUAUUGUCAAUGGCCUGGCAUGGUGGAUUGUGGGCCAGCUCGGGCUCGGCGCAGCCCAGGAGGGCGACGUCUUGACUUACAUUGGUCUCAACGAUGUCCGGCUCACGGCCAUGAUCUUGGCAUCUGUCAAAACCGGAUACACGCUGUUUCCCACGUCGCCUCGUAACAGCCCGGCCGCCCAAAAGUUCCUGUUCGAGACUCUCAAAUGUCGAAUUUUGGUUACGACGGAUCCAACUCUGCCGUCGGUUCUACCGAUUCUCGACGUGGUCAAGCCUCGCUGCCUGACGGUCCCAACCAUCGAUGAGCUCUUGACUGAGCACCCUCCUUUUGUAUACGAGAAGCCUUUUGAUGCCGGGCGUUGGAACCCACUCGUCAUUUGGCAUAGCUCAGGCUCUACUGGCCUUCCAAAACCCAUUGUGUUCACACAGGACGCAGCAAUGCGCCAUUACACAUGCGCCCGGCAGGAUAUUCCACCGCAUGGGGAGAUUCCCACAUAUCAAGAUGCCUCGUCCGUCGAACAUCUUGUGGCUGGAAAACGGAUGAUGGUCACAGUGCCGCCUUUUCAUGGAGCUGGCAUCCUCAUGUACAUGCUGUGGGCUAUUCCCGCUGGUUGUAUCCCGAUCGCGCCCGCGGCUGUUGGGAUCGUUACCGGCCAUGGGCUCGUCGUGGCUGAGCACAGAGAAUUGGGCGGAGCCUUGGUUGUCGGCACUAUGAGGUUCCAGGCAGCCCUUCUCAUCGAGCCAGCUGACUGGAAGAAACCACUGACCACCUCCGAACAGGCAGCGCUGAUCGAGAAGGUCUGGCCAACCGUUAAACAAGCCAACUGCGUUGUGCCAGCGCAUGCAAGGAUAGAAAAACCACUGAUCCUUGUGGUCGAUCGCCCCAUGAUCCGCUCUGGCAAGGGCACAAUUCAGCGAGCCGCAAGCAUUGAACAAUACAGCGCCGAGAUUGAGGCCGUUUAUGCCGCUGCGGAUGCCACUGUCGACGGUGAGGGUCUCCCGGAUGAGGGGUGGAACCCCACUGAUGCCGCGGCUGUCUCCCGUUUGAUCCGUGACAGUGUCUGCUCUGUCGCAGACCUCGGCCGACACCACUUUGGGAUGGACGACGAGACAUACGAGCAGCUUCGCGCCCGCCCCGGUCUCGUCAUCAUACACAAUGCUUGGCCCGUAAACUUCAAUCUCCGGCUGCCCGCCUUCAAACCGCAGCUAGAUGGGCUGGUCAACCUGCUCGGCUUGGCCGCCGAGGCGAGCCCCGCGGAUACGACCCGACCCGCAUCGUUCGUCUUCAUCUCCUCGGUUAGCGCUGUUGGCACGGCAGGGGACGAUAGCAGCGGUCAGCCCGCACCUGAACGAGUCCUGCGCAUGGGCGAUGCACCCCAGACGAACGGGUAUGCCCGGAGCAAGUUCCUAUCCGAGCUGCUCUGCAACGUUGCCGCCGGCGAGCUGCGCAUCCCGAUUACGGUUGCCCGCGUGGGCCAAGUAGCCGGCGCCGUACAGGGAGCAGGAUGCGGUCAGUGGAACAGGAACGAGUGGCUCCCCAGCCUUAUCCUCGGGUCCGUAUCCAUGGGUUGCCUCCCUGAAGACCUGGGGACUCAGUUUUCGGAGAUUGACUGGCUUCCGUUGCUGCCCAUGACCACGAGUAAAGGUCAAAACCUGCCCAGGUGUGUACAUCUUGGAGAAGAAAGAGUUACAUGA